GGCACAGAGGUCAAUUUAAGCGGCUGUUUCAGCAUUUCUGGAAAGCUCUUACCAGGAAAGUCAUCCGCAGUUGAAACCGGCCGGGCAGCUUUAUGUCAACGGGACGCAUCAGCCAAUGGCAGCGCAGAGAGCGUCGAGAGCGCAGUUUCUGCGAAACGAUGAUGAGGCCGCGAGCGCUGAGAUGUCGCGCGCUUCUUGGAAUUAGAUUCCUAGAAUGCUCGUGAACUCGUGGAACUCAGACGCGCAACAAAGGCGUUUCUCGGUGCUCUUGUUUCAGGAGAAUAAUAGUCCAGUAAGCCAAACAACCUAUUCGACUUAAUCUGUUAGUACCUUGUACCGAGCAGUGUGGGGUUUUUUUGGUUUCGCGUUAAUCUCUCCCCUACAUUAUUCCAUGUUUCCCUGGAGAAUAUUUUACGAGGUUCGUUCGGGUUAACGAUAGACAACAUUAGGGAUGUAAAAUGCAUGGAGGUUUCCUCUGUUUGCGGUCGGUUUGUCGCCAUUAGACUUCUGCUGAAACAAUGUCAAAAGCCUUCUCACCAAACUGGACUUGGGAUCGUGUACAUUUUACAGCCUGUCCGAAAUUUUCACUGAACUAUCUAACGUUACUGGCAAAGCGAAGGUGACGAUUUAAUGUCCGGGAAGCAAGGGUCUGUUGCCAGGGCCACCUUCAGGAAGUGUUGCUAAGGUGACACGUGCUCAGAAUGAAAGGUGAGAAUCAGAAGUUCAUCAAAGCCAAAGAUCCAGUGCACCUUAUUCCUCUAACAUGUCUCUACCAUGGGCUACUGCUGAGGAUUUGUGCUUCAUCACCACUACCUUUCAGCACCUACACACCUCAGGAUGGUACUGGGGUGGCAUGACAGCCAGUGAGGCGAGGGAUGCUCUCACUGACGCGUCAGAAGGGACUUUUCUCAUCCGUGACAGCAGCCAUCCCCUCUACCUCUUCACCCUUUCAGUAAAGACGUGUAGAGGUCCAACUAAUGUUCGGAUAGAAUAUGACAGUGGCCGUUUUCGCCUCGAUUCCAGCUUCACAGCCAGAUCCUGCUUGUUGUCCUUUCCUGCUAUUCCUAGUCUUCUGCAGCAUUAUAUGGCCACCAGUCAAGGUAAAGAGGAAAAGAAGAUAGCAGAAGAACAACGAGUGGUGUCAAAAGACAAUGCAGUUCUGUUGAAACUCAAAAAACCUAUUCACAGGCCUCAGGCCUUUCCAACGUUACAGCACCUCACGCGUCUCACUAUAAACAGAUACACUGAUUGCCAUGAACAUCUGCCAUUGCCACGCCCACUGUUGCUUUACUUGAAAGAGUACCCGUUUAAGUUGUGAGGAGGACAUUGCUUUAUUCCUGAGUGGCUAUUCUUUGCAAAGCCGUGAUUUGCCCAUAAAGUUGCAGUUGUGGAAUACUGUUAAUGUGGCUUUGCCUUGCAGGAUUGUCGGUCCUGUUAUAAGAUGCUUAUAAGAUGAAAAUUCCAAAUUGUAGCACUUCCAUUGAAUCAAAAAGGAGUUGAAAGAAUAGACAAGGACUGCUUUUUGUACAUUUUAUUUUUGAAUAUUUGUAAAUAUGUCUCUUUGCUUUCUCUUUCUAGUAAACUGAAAUCUUUUUGUAUUCA